AUGCCGUUAUCUGAGGGUGAGAUGUGUGUGACCUUUGGGUUCGAACCAGAGUACCCAGAAGAGGGAGACAUCAUCCCCGUCCAUGUGCCGGUGCAGCGCAGCCUAUUGUCGUCGGAGGAAUCCGCAAAAUCCAUAAUACCACUACUGCGCUCCCGCAUGGCCCUCCCGUCGUUCUUUCGGCGCCAUAUUCUUGACGAAUUCAUCAAGGAUUUGUGGGAGUAUGUUUGUUCGUUGCCUAGUGACAUGCACCACGUGCACGUCUACGGCUACGUUUUCCGGGAUGUCUUCGACCCAGACGAGGGUUUUUGUUGGUACUAUUUUUGGACAGAGGAUUUGAUUAGCACCACCGACGGGCCGGUUAUGACGUCACCCCGGUGGUCAGAAUCCGCAGUACAGGCGGUGAAGCUUGAAGAAGCUUUGGAUUGUGCGAUUUGCUUACAGGAGCUUCCGGUUGCGUUUGAAGCUGCCAAGCUGCCAUGCUCACAUGUCUACCAUCGUCGCUGUAUUGUUAAGUGGUUUGAUCGGAGUAACCAGUGUCCCCUCUGUCGUUCCCCCGCCGUCUAA